ACUCUAAGUGCCGGACCCCGGGAUCCUGGGGUCCGCUUGUGGCUGGUGGCUGUGCAGACCCCCGGGGGACGCGACGACGCCAGCGGACACGGACAUCUUCUUCACCCCGCCAUGGAGACCUCAGCGAGGCAGGAGCAGCAGCAGCCCGCGGCGGCCAAGAUCAGAAACCUGCCCUGGGUUGAAAAAUACCGGCCACAGACGCUGAAUGAUCUGAUUUCUCAUCAGGACAUUUUGAGCACCAUUCAGAAAUUUAUUAGCGAAGACCGACUGCCGCACCUGCUUCUCUAUGGGCCUCCAGGGACGGGAAAGACCUCCACCAUCCUAGCCUGUGCUAAACAGCUAUACAAAGAUAAGGAAUUUGGCUCCAUGGUCUUGGAGCUGAAUGCUUCCGACGACCGAGGAAUAGACAUCGUUCGGGGACCAAUCCUGAGCUUCGCUAGCACAAGGACAAUAUUUAAGAAAGGCUUCAAACUAGUGAUCUUGGAUGAAGCUGAUGCCAUGACCCAAGAUGCCCAGAACGCCUUGAGGAGAGUGAUUGAGAAAUUUACAGAAAAUACCAGGUUCUGCCUCAUCUGUAACUAUCUGUCGAAGAUCAUCCCCGCCUUGCAGUCCCGCUGCACCAGGUUCCGAUUCGGUCCCCUGACCCCAGAACUCAUGGUCCCCCACCUGGAACACGUCGCACAAGAAGAGAAGGUGGACCUAAGCGAGGACGGGCUGAAAGCCGUUGUGACGCUUUCCAGCGGAGACAUGCGAAGGGCUCUGAACAUCCUGCAGAGCACCAAUAUGGCCUUUGGGAAGGUGACAGAGGAGACCGUCUACACCUGCACUGGGCACCCGCUCAAGUCAGACAUCGCCAACAUUCUGGACUGGAUGUUGAAUCAGGACUUCACGACCGCCUACAGGAAUAUUACAGAGUUGAAAACGCUGAAGGGGCUGGCGUUACAUGAUAUCCUGACAGAGAUACACUUGUUUGUGCACAGAGUUGAUUUUCCAUCUUCAGUUCGAGUACAUUUACUGACCAAAAUGGCAGACAUUGAGUACAGACUUUCCGUUGGCACCAAUGAGAAGAUUCAGCUGAGUUCCCUCAUUGCCGCUUUCCAGGUCACCAGGGACCUGAUCGUCACGGAGACCUAAAUGCUGAGGCCUGUCGCCGCCAUUCACGGGCCCCACAGUGACUAGAGAACGGGGGGCUCAGUCACGGGAUAAACUGCUGUGCGGGCCGGGGGCGUGCAUCCAUGGUCACCCCAAGUUUUGGAAAACUGUUCCAGACACGGGCGGGCAAAGGUUUAAACAGUCGCGUGUGUGUGUGUGUGUCUAGCAGGUAUACAUAGGACACUUGUAACACGCAGCUCUGACUGCUCUGCCCAUUGGUGUUUUACAGGAAAAACCAGAGCGAAAAGAAAAAGGUUUUUUUUUUUUUUUUUCCUCAGGCUUAAGGCUGUUAGCAUUCAGUUGCUUAGAUGACAGGAAAUUGGCCUACCCCAUUUUGGUACAGAACAAAAGGCUUCCAAAUCUCAUGUGGUACCAGUGUCUUCUAUUACUCAGGCUAAACCAAACAUCUCCAAGAUCAAGUGUAUAAAUCUAAUCUGUAGCACCAUCUCUGUAUCGACUUUAAAAAGGUGUUAAUGAAGAAAAAAAGAAAUGUUAAUUGAUCUCUGGCCCAAACGAUUGUACUCUUUUACUGGCCUCGGGUUCUCUUACUUGAAAAAUGUCUUUAUUUCUCCUCUAAAAGCAGGCUCCUAACCACGGUGGGGACAGUGUGGAGUCACUUUGUGUCCGUGGGGGCCAGGCUCCCUAGUGCUCCCUUGUUCAUGCAAAGAGGGCAGGUGAGCUCAGACCCGAAUGCACAGGGUGGCAGUUGAUUCUAGAGCAAACAGGCGGCGUCUGAUAGUGUUCUCAAUAAAAAUAAAGCAGCUUGUGUACGGGCUGUGUUGCAAGGGACUCUUUCCUUCACCGGUUAUAAAGACGCAGACCCGUUCGGCUGGCAUCUGUGUGAAAGAGCCUCCCCCAUCUCUGGUAUCACAGAAAAAGCUUUCCUUGGAGGCAAUUCUUUUUAAAGGUGUCAGGUUCUUAUACUAUUCAAAAGGGAGAAGCUGGUUAUUUCCAUCAUUCAUGUUCAACCCACUCCCCAAGGACACCAAGCGAAGUUCGAAGCUAAUGGCCAAUGGGGUCUCGGAGAAGCCACCCAGAGCCUCUCCGACUACACUGUGAUAUGUCAAGAUAACCACAAAAUUAAAAAUUCACCCCAGCCAUUCCCCGCUCUCCUGCUGUACUCACUUGGUUUGAGAAGUGAUAUUUUUUUCUUAGUGGAAAAAAUGAACCAGUGAGCCAAAAGCUUUUUAACUUUCCCUUCAAUGAAAGCCUCUUAUCUUGAAAAGAAAUGUUUUUCUUCAACAAAGGUGGCAGAGGGGACUUCGUACUUUUGCAACAAGUUUUAUAACAUUACACUGGCCUCCACAAAGCACCUAGUAAGAAAGCCAAAGGAUAAGGUGGUGUGUUUCUUUUAAAAUAAUUUACAAUAUAUUAAAUUUUCCAAAGGCAGGUUUCAUUGGGAUGAGGUGUCCUGAUCAGAGAACUACACGCCGCUGAAGGAGAACAGUACUUUCAAGGAGCUACGUCUGUGCCGGGGCGGAGGGGACACGGCUGAUCGGUCCGAUGAGGUGAAGCAGCAAAGGCAGACCGCGUACGUGAGACCCAGCCCAAGGGGCCACCACACCACUUCCCACACUCAAGAAGAGACGUCAACCGUUGGACUUAACAACUAUGGUUUUUAGAUACCGUGGAGGGAGACACAGCUGUACCUUAACAUCUGCUGAGAAAAUACAAAUAAAUAGGCUACAAAUGGCAAACACCUGCCAACGCGGUGGCCACCUGAACAGUCAUGCAGUUUAGGGGGACAUCCGUGUGGAACCGGACGUACACAUCUGUCAUCGCCUGCACAUGCACACCACUGGUUAUAAAAAAAAAAAAAA